ACCACCACCACCACCACCACCACCACCACACACACACACACACAUAUACAAACACACACACGCAUGCAGAUAUGAUUUCAUCCAACACACCUCUCUCUACUCAUCUCAUUCCCCCGCUCUCUUCUAUCACUUGCCACCGUCCUCAUCCCACACCUCUCUCCAAUUUGUUGAGUAAUUGUUACUGUCCCGUUAGUGAAAAUCACUAUAUAUUGAUUGAUAUUUUAUGUUAUACAUUGAUUUCAAGAGUAAUUUUUUUUACAUAGGCAAUUACUAGGAUUUGAUAAAUAGCAAAGUAAAGAAAUCUAAUUUUUUUUUUGGUUGAGCAACCCUAAUUGAAUGAAAUUUGCAAGUUUAAUUAGGAAUUUAAGAUACUACUUUGUGGAAUUAUGCUUCAAUUAAUGUGAAUGUGAUUGGGAUUGUGAAUUUUAUUUGUAAUGAGAUUGUGAUUUUUAUUGUGAUUGUGGAUUUAUUAUAUUUUAUAAUUUCUUUUAUUUUUUUUAUCAUACGACUGGUUAGACCUAACGUUUGAAUCAGUGAACCAUUGCCCCGGUCUCAAGAUCGAAGUCUGGUUCGGUUCUAAUAACAUUGCCCUACAGUUGUGGUCAAUCAAGGCUGAACUGUUGUGACUUCAUUUUACUGCCUUAUGGUCUUGGUCUUUAGCCUUUACUCUUUUGCUGAGCAUUUGAUUUUGGACAGAAACGGUGAGAGGCGUGGAGGCAUUAGAGAAUGCUGAGCCUAAGCUACCACCAAUCUCUCUCUCCAGCAGUACAAGUUCGCGGCAACCAUAUUGAGUCUUCUUCACCCUUCCCUUCCACUUUCACUCGUCGUCUGAACCUCAACUACAUCACAUCGUCUUCUUUGUCUUGGAUGCUAAAACAACACAGUCCUCCCAUGUUGCCAUGCAGAGCAUCGCUCGAAGUCCAAAGCACUUCCAAUAGGAACAAGGAUUUACCCGUCCAUGGAGUGUCGGAAACGGUUGUGGGUGUGUUAGGAGGAGGACAAUUGGGUCGGAUGCUAUGCCAAGCAGCAUCCCAGAUGGGAAUCAAGGUAAUUGUUUUGGAUCCUAUGGAGAACUGUCCGGCAAGUGUAUUAGCUCAUUAUCAUAUGGUGGGAAGUUAUGAUGAUAGUGCUGCAGUUGAAGAGUUUGCAAAAAGGUGUGGAGUGUUGACGGUUGAAAUAGAGCAUGUUGAUGCUGCCACUUUGGAGAAACUUGAACAACAAGGGGUGGAUUGCCAACCUAAGGCCUCCACUAUCCGAAUUAUCCAGGAUAAAUACCUUCAAAAAGUUCAUUUUUCCCGGCAUGCUAUUCCAUUACCUAAAUUUAUGCAGAUAGAUGAUUUUGAAAGUGCUCAAAGAGCAGGUGACUUUUAUGGAUAUCCUCUUAUGAUAAAGAGCAGAAGGCUUGCUUAUGAUGGGCGUGGCAAUGCUGUUGCUAAAAGUGAAGAGGAGCUUGCUUGUGCAGUACAUGGUAACCUUUUUAUAAUGCUUAAAGUAGGUGAAAUGUGCAAAAUUUCUAUUGCUAUGUUGCUAAAGUUUUUAGUUUCAUAG